AUGUCUUCCAUGAUUACGACCACGGCAUGGGUACCGCGCGGUUUCGCGGCCCCGUUCCCCCAAAAGUACGAGUUUAACGAGGACGAGUUUGAGCGCAUCGCCAAAUUAGCCAAGCUGCAGCUGGAGGAUGCGCAAGAGGACCUCGACGAUGCACGAGAGGAGGGUGAAGGCGAGGAUGAUGGCGAGGCCGAGGGUCAGACCGAGGGCGCGGCGAAGAAUGGCAAGAAGAGCAAAAAGCCAAAAGGCAACAAGGCCGCCGCCGCCACAAUAGACAUUGACGACGACGACCUGAAGGAGUACAACCUCGACAACUACGACGACGAGGACGACGACGCCGCCGGCGGUGUCAGCGACGGGCAGCCCAUGUCCAUCUUCGGCAACAUCAAGUCGCUGGCCUACUACGAGUCCAACAAAGACGACCCCUACAUUACGCUGCAGGACGCCAACGCCGAGGACGAGGAGGACGACCGCGAGGACCUGCAGGUGCUGGCAACGGACAACCUCGUGCUGGCUGCCAAGGUCGAGGACGAGCUGGCGCACCUCGAGGUCUACGUGUACGAGGACGAGGCCGACAACCUGUACGUCCACCACGACAUUAUGCUGCCGGCCAUCCCGCUGUGCGUCGAGUGGCUCGACCUGCCCGUCGGCAAGCCCAGUGCGGCCGCGGGUGCCGCCGCCAACUUUGUGGCCGUCGGCACCAUGGACCCGGACAUUGAGAUCUGGGACCUGGACACGGUCGACUGCAUGUAUCCCAACAAGAAGAGCAAGGCCAAGGCCAACGACCACUACCACGUCGACGCCGUGCUGUCGCUCGCCGCGAACCGCAAGCACCGCAACCUCCUGGCCUCGGCGUCGGCCGACACGACCGUCAAGCUCUGGGACCUCAACACGGCGACGUGCGCCAAGUCCUACACCUACCACACCGACAAGGUCUGCUCGCUGGCAUGGCACGCCGUCGAGUCGACGGUGCUGCUGAGCGGCAGCUACGACCGCACGAUUGUGGCCGCCGACAUGCGCGCGCCCGAGGCCACGCGGCCGCGCUGGGGCGUGGAGAGCGACGUCGAGAACGUCCGCUGGGACCCGCACGACCCCAACUUUUUUUUCGUGUCGACCGAGAACGGCAUCGUGCACUACCACGACGUGCGCAUGGCGCCAGCCGACCCGACGCAGACCAAGGCGGUUUGGACCCUGCAGGCACACGACGAGUCGGUGUCGUCGUUUGAUGUCAACCCGCACAUUCCCGGCUACAUGGCCACCGGCUCGGGCGACCGCACCGUCAAGCUGUGGAACAUCCAGGCGUCCGGUCCCAGCAUGGUCGUGUCGCGCACCCUCGACGUCGGCAAGGUCUUCUCCACGCAGUUUGCCCCUGAUCCGGAGGUGGCCUUCCGCCUGGCCGUGGCCGGCAGCAAGGGCAACCUGACGGUGUGGGACACGAGCACCAACGCCGCCGUGCGGCAGGCAUUUGCGUCCAAGUUGCCGAACGCGGCCGACGGCGACGUGGAGGAGCGCAUGAUUGGCGUCGAGGACGACGACAGCGAGGAAAGCUCCGAUGACGAGGAGGAGGGUGAGGAGGGCGAGGGUGGCGUGGCUGUUGGCAAGGGCAGCGAUAACGACGACGACGAGUCGAUGGGUGAGGACUGA